AUCGGCAGUGGCCCGAAUUCGCCACAGCGCGUAGUCUCGAACCUACGCGGUUAUCUAACGCAUCGCCUCAGUAAUAUCACACCGAGCGAUACAGGUUGUCCAGACGGUUGCCAACGAUCCUACUAAAAUGCAAAAUUAUGCCAUACAACAAGUGUAGAGUGAAGAGGGAAAAGCUAAUGUACGACAAGCCACAAGCAGCGGCCACAAAACCGAAGUUUAACGAAAGCAACGCUAAGUCAACACACACAUAUACUCACACACAACACUAAGGAAACGAACACAAUGUGCCUGUUAGUAACAACAACAACAACAAGAACAAGUAAAACAACAAAAUUUAGUAAAAUCACAAGCAGCGGAGCAAACCGACUAAUGUAAAAGUUUUUACAUUCCAAACGAACUCGAGUUGAGCAGUAAACCCACAAAAGUUGCGAAGCUUACAAAAACGGUGAAAUGCAACAAAAAUGAGAUUAAAAGUUCCAAAACUAACUGAAAACGUUUGGACUAAUUAUAAGACAACAACAAAGUACAGCAUAGCGUUUAAAAAAGGAUAGUAAGAGCGAAAAGGAGUCAAGCCAGAGCUAACGACACAAACAACACAGCAAUUAAAGUGCGAACCCAAGAGCUACGCCAUAUUUAGUACAAAACUUCAGCAAUUCAGCAAUAAAGAGCGUAUUUAAACAUUUCAAAACAUUUAACUUAAGUCUACUAACAUGGCUGGUUCAUUUCAAAUACCGUUGCUCAAUCUCGAGCUGCGCGAGGUCAAAGAAAUCGUUUGGGAGAAAAUUCAAGAGCCCGUCAACCAACGUCGUCUCAUCUUAGUAAUAGUCUCGAUAGCGCUGCUUUUGGACAACAUGUUGUACAUGGUAAUCGUACCCAUCAUACCGGAUUAUUUGCGUGAGAUCGGUAGCUUCGAUGAUGACACACCAACGCCGCCGCCAUUGCGUGAUAAUCGCACCGGUCUCAUUAUACCAGUGCACCACGACCAUCAUGGCCAGGACUCUGCCACCGGCAUACUAUUCGCAUCGAAAGCCAUUGUACAAUUGAUGGUGAACCCCUUCUCGGGUGGUCUUAUCGAUCGCAUUGGCUACGACUUACCCAUGAUGAUCGGUUUGACCAUUAUGUUCUUCUCAACUGCGAUGUUCGCUUGCGGUCGCAGUUACAGUUUACUCUUCUUCGCGCGUUCGCUACAAGGUGCGGGCUCGGCUUUUGCCGACACAUCAGGUUUAGCCAUGAUAGCGGAUCGCUUUACCGAGGAGAAUGAACGUUCGCAAGCAUUGGGUAUUGCUUUGGCAUUCAUCAGUUUCGGUUGUUUGGUAGCGCCACCGUUCGGUGGUGCACUUUAUCAGUUCGCCGGCAAGGAAGUGCCCUUUCUCAUUUUGGCGUUAGUGUGUCUCUUGGAUGGCCUUAUGCUAUUGCUAGUAAUGAAACCAGUUAAAGAUCAAAUAAGACAAAGCAAGGAGGUGCAACAACAAACGAUUCCUAUAUGGCGCUUGCUAAUGGAUCCAUACAUUGCGGUCUGUGCCGGUGCGUUGACCAUGUCGAAUGUGGCGUUGGCUUUCCUAGAACCCACCAUAUCGCUGUGGAUGGAAGAUAACCUAACUACAGAGAAUUGGAAAAUCGGUAUGGUGUGGUUGCCCGCCUUCUUUCCACACGUGCUGGGUGUGGUCAUCACUGUGAAAAUGGCGAAAAAGUAUCCACAUCAUCAAUGGCUGAUGGCUGCCGUCGGUUUAGCGCUCGAGGGUUUCUCCUGCUUCAUAAUACCGUUCUCCAGCUCCUACCAAAUGCUGAUGUUACCCAUUUGUAUUAUUUGCUUUGGCAUCGCGCUCAUCGACACCGCGCUGCUACCAACGCUGGGCUACCUGGUGGACGUGCGCUAUGUAUCCGUGUACGGCAGCAUUUAUGCCAUUGCCGAUAUUUCAUAUUCGAUCGCAUACGCAGUCGGUCCCAUCAUUGCGGGCGGCGUAGUAGAGGCGAUCGGUUUUACAGCGCUGAACUUCAUCAUUGCCUUCUCCAAUCUGCUGUAUGUGCCCGUGCUACGCAAGUUACGCAACAUCUACGAUUUCAAACCGUUCGAAAAUGAAGCCAACAUACUUAUGCAAGAUCCACCGAACAAAGAAUAUCAAACCUAUGUAAUGCAUGAUCAGAAACCGAUUGAUGGUGAUUUCAAAAAUCAUCUUGAGUACGGUCAGCAAUAUCAGCAGGAGCAGGAAUCCAAUGUGGACGAUACAAACUAUGAGUACCAACAGCAAGAUGGCGGCUACCAGCAAACUGGCGGAGGUGGCGGUGGCGGUUAUCAGCAAAAUCAGGGUUAUCAACAGCAAUAUCAGCCUGGCUAUCAGGAGCAGGGUGGUAAUUAUCAGCAGCAAGAAACGCGACAUCUUCCACAACAACGCGUCGCAAACCCGUUCCAGCAUCAGCAGCAGCAGCAGCAGCAACAACAGCAAAUGAACGAUGGCGGCGGCGGGAGUAGAGGCCCUGCUGGUCCAGCGAAUCCAUUUAGACAAGGAUUUUAAAAUGUUGUCUUACACAAAGUUAGCGGUAAUCUAUGUUUGUUUUUAUAUCUUUGAUCGCAUAGUUUACGUGUUUCGUUGAUUUUACAAUAACAUAAUAUGUACUUUGUUGUUGUGGCUAAUAAUAAUACUAAUACUUACAUAUAUACAUACAUAUAUCUAUACACAUAGGUAAAAAAAGUUAAACGAAAAAGAAAAAAACAAACAAAAAUAAAAACGAGCAUAUAUUUAGUAGAGCAAGUGGAGUGUACACUAUAACCGCAUGACUAGGCAUACCAUAGAUACCCGUACAUAAUGUUGCACCUGAAAUAUCGCAACAUACAUACUACAUAUACAAAUAUACGCCAGUAUGUAGUUACAUAAGCAGUUAGAUAACAGAAUCUCAAAAGUAGCUAAGAAAUUGAAAGCAAACAGCACAACUUUUGUAUUAUACACCGGAAAUAGUUAAACAUAUAUAUUACAUUAUCAUAUAGGUAUAACUCUAAUUGGGUUAGAGGUCUAAUAUAGCAAUAACAAUGUACGCAUCAAUAUGUAUAGUCUAUGUCGUGUGCUGUAUGGAGUAAAGGAGGAGCGCUUCUGAACGGUUAUUGUGUGCAACACAUCGCUAUUUAGUAAAUAUUCUCAAGCACAAAUUAUUAGUUUAGGGUUAAACAAAUUUAUAGUGUCUUUAUUAUUUAUUGAAAAUUUAGAUAUUUUACGCAAAGGCAUCGGCUAGUUGGUUAUGGAACUAGCUUAGCACCACUUAUGACUAAAGUGUGGCAUACCUAUGUAUGACUGUUGUCAAAAAUACAUGGCAAAAUACCGUUAAUAAUUCUCGAUAGGCGAUGACUGAAGUUUAGACAAAGGAUUGAUGUAAUCGUUAUGAAAUAGAAUAUAGAACACUGAUUGGAUUUAACAACAACAAAAGUUGUAUAAAGCACAGUGUGAAAAUCUGAUUUAAUUUGCUAAUUAAAGAAAUGAAAAUAUAUUUUCGCCCUUCAAACUAUGAAGAAACUAAUUAUAUAUAGGUAGUUCGAAAAAAAAAACACUGCUAAAAAUUGUGUCACACAAGUGUCUAUUUUCAGAUAUUCUUCCAGCGACAGUUAGCUUAGUUUAGAUAGCGAUCCCUCAAGGUGACUUCGGGUUCACACUUUGGACUGCUUGAUACAAACCUUUACGAAAAUCGCCAAAUUUUUCAUGCGUUACACUGGUAUAGGCCAUUAACGCCAACUAGCACAUAUUUCCCGUGGACAUCGCCGGAAGUGUAUGGCUGCAAAAGUUGCCUCAGAGAGCCUGGGUUCUUAAAAUAACGAGGGACUUAACACUCAGAAAUCCUCACUCACUUUGACUUCAUACCGGUUCCCUUCGGCUUGGAAACCGAACUCUGGCGGCUCCUUCUCUACCCACAUGCCGGCGAGGAAGUUGUGGGUGGGAAGAAGCCGUUGGAGGAAAGGGGCAGUGAGCUUCUUCACGGAUGGGUAAAAGCUUGGGGGAAAGGUUGGUGGUGGAGGGAUCUACUGUUGGGAGCUCUCUAUGAAGUCUGGUUUCAGACUUCCUGACUAUUGCAGUGUCUUCUAGGCCGAGGUUGUAGCCAUUAAGGUAGCAGUAGAUUUACUGCUCCGAAGUGCAGCCUCCUUCAGAGAAGUGACCAUCUACACAGAUAGCAAAGCGACGAUACUAGCCUUGAACUCAUUAUCAGUGGGUUCAGGGCUGGUCGAAGACUGCCUAACUUCGCCUUAGAACCGCUAUCGGUAGAAUGGGAGAGGUUCGGUGCUCCCGUAUCCCGUAUGCGCUGUCGCAAAAGCCUUUCGGCCCAAGAUCGAUGGCAAGAGAUUUAGUGAUUCUACCAAGCGUAAUCUGCAGAAGCUUAAUGGGAGAAGAUGAGACGAAAACAAUUCAAUACUUCCUUCUUGACUGUCCCGCGUUUGGGUAGUCAAGACUUAAACACUUCGAUGCAUAACCGUUGGACCUUCCAGCGAACAUUCAAUCUUAUCGCAUGAAUUCCGAUCGAGCUGUGUCCAGUCACUGAACUUCCUACAUUUUGACUUGAGCCAGAAAAACUUUGCGAUUGCACAAUUGCUAGUAUGUGACCAACACACAGCUUUGAGUACCAACUACUCAGUAGUUCCCAUUCUGCAGCUGAUGAGGUACUCACCUAACCUUGUAAUUUCAUCAGCCUUGCAGUUUGCUACAAUUCCGCUAUGGCCCAGCACAAAUCAGUCUAAUCAUGAAGUUAAUCGAUACCAGAGUUCUGGAGUCGAUUCACUUAUAUAAAGUUUUGAAUAUAUUUCCAGUUCAGUUUUAAAAAUACUAAUCGUAAAGCGUUCUGCGCAUGAUUUUUGAAAAUAUGAUAUACUAUAUUACAUAGAUAUGUACAUAGCAUAUCAAGUUCUACUGAGCGUUGACUUAGAUAUUGACUUAGUUAUGGAAAUUUAUAAAAUUAUCCAUUUAUUUACUUAAUUAAAGCAUUUUUAAUGAUUCCUCUGUGAAAACUUCAGUCAUUUUAGCCGCAAUACCAAUAUCAGGUAUAUUAGUUAAAAUUCUCAAAAGAAAAAAACCACUUUUGUUUGUAAAUUAUAUGGAUUAUAUGGAAAAGUAUAUAAACAAUGAAGCUAGCAAAACCAAAGAUUACCAGUUAGACAUACUAGUAUAAUGACAAAGCGUAGAACGAAAAUGAAAUCGGAAGUUACGAGUAACAAAAAUUAGCAUGUAUUUAUGUAUGUAAGUACGACGAACUGGCGAUUCGGUGCUGCACUACCAGCACUAUCCCCACAUGGCAUCAAUAUCGCUUACAUAUCAAAAGUUGCACAAAAAUCUUUCGGGUGUCAUUGUGAAGUGCUGCUGGCGCACCGAAGCGCACGUUCGUCUUUCUAGGUUUAAUAAAACAAACACAAAAACAAAAAGAUCCUCAGUUCAAUUAUGUGUUUAGUUUAAGUUUGACGCCACAAGCCGACAUUGCACCUGGGACGAUACGACGCACACGUCUACAUAUCAAUUAAAAAAGUUGACGUGCUGCCGAUUGAGUUCACAAAAGUCACUGUGGCGGAUAACGAUUCUUAAACAUAAGACACAACCAAGGUAACGAUACAUAUCAGAGUCGCAUGGCUCGCCUGUUAAAAUUACCACAGUGAUAUUAAUUAUUGCUAUUUAGCCUGUAAUAUACAUACAUACAUUUAUAAAAAACAUACUAUAUAUACUUACAUAUAUUAUAUAUAUACCUAUACAUAACUAUACAUACAUAUAUAAAUAUAAAUAUAAUUAUAUAACUUUACUCGUGUGUAGUUUAUAUAACUCUUUGAAAUUAAGCGAUUAUGCGACUAUAGCAUAAUCAAUGAAUAUCUACACUGGCAUAAAUAUUUUUAUUGCAAUUAUGCGCUAAACACUGUAGUUAAUAUUUAUAUGUAUGCAUAUGCUAGACUUAUGUAAGUGCGAAUUAUCAUAUACGUAUGUAUGUUAUAUAUGCAAAUAUGUAACGUCUUACACCGUUAUAAACACAUGAUUAAUGUUAACUUUUCGAUAGUGUUUAUAAUUAGAAACAAAAAAUAACUGUAAAAGUUCUGCAAUUUUUAUAUUUAAACUGUAUGAGUAAAUAUUAGUUACUGAUAUGUACUCAUUAGUAUGUAAUUAUAUGUAUGUAUGUAAUAUGUAUAUAUAGAUGUGCACGUGAUGUGAGUAUCGAGAUAUAUACCUAUAGUAUAUUUUGUGAGAACAGCAUAAAAAUAUUUUAAUUUAUUUUUAAACGAAAUAUUACAGUAUUUAUUUGUAAUCUAAGCACCUUAGACCGGGUUUACACACGAAGACUUUUCUUGUUCAUUAACGGAAGAUUCACUUUCAGUGUUGUCCAGUGCUUUUAUGCGAGCGACACGAGCCUGGCAACUCAAAUUGGACAUUUUUCUGCAUUCUCUAAGCUUUAUUUUGAACUUAAAUUUUUUAAUUAAAUUAAAUUGAAUUAAAUUUUUUUAAAUUAAAUUAAAUUUUUAAAUUAAAUUUAAAAAAUUUAAAUAUAAAUUUAAAAAAUUAAAUUAAUUUUAAAAAAUUUAAAUUUAAAUUUAAAAAAUUAAAUUAAAUUUAAAAAAUUUAAAUUUAAAUUUAAAAAAUUAAAUUAAAUUUACUUUAUAUUCACUUACUAGUUUUUUCGAGAUUUAAUAAUUAAUGAAAAUAAAGUACGAUUACAUUUUAAAGUUCUUUAAUAAUCAGUGAUUCACUUUGAACAUUUUCGGAUAACCUUGAUCAUGUAAUCAAUUUCUAGUAGGACUUCCAAAAAAAGAUAUCCAGCCGUGAAGAAGGUUUGUGCUUAAUAUCAUCUCAAAUACGAAAAUCAGAAAAAAUAUUAUUAUUAUGAAUGUAAGUAAUGUUCGAAGGACAAGUCAAAAUUUUUUAUUUUGACAAAAUGGGGCUUUAAAAAAGUCGUUUUUUAAUCUAAUUCCUUCGAUCACUAUCUGAUAAAUACUUGUAUAUCAAAAAAGGUCGUUUGAAGUUUUCCAGCCUGUCACUCCAACUGUUUUGGAUACAUUUUCCUCAUUAUCUACAGCGUUUCUAAAAUAAAAUGCAUUAGGAGCCGAUUACGAUAACUUAAAAAAAUUAUGCUAAAUUCGGUCAUAUCUCCGGAAUAAUUGGACGGAUGAACUGCAAGUUUUCGAAGAAUAUCCUUCGAUACUAUUUUUGAAAAUAUUGCAUCAAAUUAAAUACUCAAUUUUUUAAAUUCUUAAGUGGUUAUUCGUCAUUUAGUAUUUCUAUUAUGUUAUGCAAAUUUAUUAUGAGCAAAAAAUGAUAAGAUGAUGAAAAACUCAUUUUUUUUUUCAAAUUUAUUAUUCGCAAUGGCAACCAUAAAAAGAAGUUCAAAAAGAAAAGUAAUGCCGAUUAGUACAACGAACUUUUUCGAACAAGAACUCGAAGCGUAUUAGCCAUACAGCCGUACACGAGCGACUCGGUGCUUUUGCCUUUCCUCGUGCUUCACCUACAAACUACUUGUUUGAACAACAAAAGUCCUCGUGUGGCCGAACACGAGCGACUCGGUGCUUUUGCCUUUCCUCGUGCUUCACCCACAAACUACUAGUUUGAACAACAAAAGUCUUCGUGUGUGAACGCAGUCUUAGCAAAAGGUUUCAAAUAAUCCUUUUGUUCGGUUAUAUAGCAUAUAACGGAUUAAACAGCCUAAAGAAGUGACUUUGAUUUGAUCAAAGACAGAAUUAUUGCAUAUAAAUUGUAAUUUUAAAUUUCGUUAUCUUCUUCAGGAUUUUGUCUCAAAAGCAUUUUCAACCGAUGUUUAUUGUCAGUUUCAGUGUUAUUGUAUUUGUAGUUGGAAAUUGUUGCUUUCAUUGAAAAGUUAUAUUUCCACAUCGCUAGUUCUAAAAUUUUAAUAAUUUAUAUAAGAAUAUAAUAUAAAAUUUCCAACAUGUUUUCGAAAAAAAUUACAAAAACAAACUGUUCUUCAACGUUUCGAUCAGUUUCAUGCACAACAAAAACUGUAAAAUUAGUUAAAAGCGAAGUACAUAAGAAAUAUAGCAGAAAAUUUAAAAAUAAUAUUAAUAAAAUCUAUAUGUACAUAAACAAAAAAUAUGAAAGCAGCAUACGAUUUCAUAUUUACAUACCUACCAAUCAAUUAUUAUUUGCUUGACUUUAUGUACUGCACAGAAAACGCUGUGAAUAUUCGAGAGCAGCAGGCAUAAAUGUCGAUGAAAUUAGCAGGUGUACCUUAAAUGUGAAUUAAUUAAUAUUAAAUAGCUACAUGUACUAUGUACACACACACAUACACACAUGUGUCACCGAAAUACAUGUAAGAACAGUUAUACAGUUAUUAAUAAUAUAUUUGUACGCCUAAAUAAGAAAGGAGUUUCUGCAGUUAAAAACCGUUUAAAGCAAACACGUUUCAUUCGUUUCGUCUGCACUUUGCCAGAACAACACAGAUAUUCCCCGUUCCCGUUCUAUAUACAAGACAAACACAACCUAUAUAUAACCCAAGCGAGUGUGUACACACGCAAAAUGCUUUACAAAUAGUUAUACAAACAAAUAUAUAUCUAUAACGUUUAUUGAAAAAAUUUUGUAUUACACAAAUAUAUAUUAUGACGUCUAGUUGUCAAUUUGAGGUAAUUCGUCAAUAUUUUAUAAACUCUACCUAUUCAAUUGUAUCAUAUCUAAACUUUACCCCUGCCCGUAUAUUUCCGAAAAAAGCACUAUAUACUAUACACAAAUAUAAAUAUAUACAUAUGUAUAUACCUAUAUUCUGAUAUACUCAUGAUUGGAUGAAUUUUGAAUUACAAAAUGCUAAAACAUUUACAAAGCGAUUAUAUAAUAUACAUACAUAUGUAAGUACUUACCUACAUAUGUAUGUAUGUAUGAUUAUGUAUUGCGUCGAGGUAAAAUGUUAAAACCGUAAACAUAUCAGAUAAUACGGCCAUUUAAAUAAUUUUAGCGCUAUAUACAACACGUACAUAUGUAAAAUCCAUGUAUUACAAGCAAUAAGCUAAGUAAAUACAUAGAAAUUUAGGUAUUCAGUGACGCAUGUAACUACAUUGACACACAUAUACACGAAAAAUUGCUAGAAAUACAUACAUAUGUACAUCAUAGUUAUAAUAAUGUAUAUUAAAUACAUUACAUAACCUCAAUUAUUAUGCAGUUAUGUUGCUAAAUAUGUUUUGUUUUUUUUUUCGAAAAUUGUUUUCCAAAGCGGAAAUUGCCUUAAAGUAAAUAUUAUUGUAUUUAUAAAAUAUUUUAAAUUAUUUAAUUUUAAUUAGUUAAUUAAUUUUUUUUUUUCAUAAACUAAUAAUAUUUAAUAAAAAUUAAUUGUACCUAAGCAUACAUCACCACAAUCAAGCAGUUAUAGCAACACCAUCAAGCCAAAACUGCAAAGUAAGAGAAGGAACCAUCUUCGGCUUGCUUUCUUUGCCGAACUAGCCGAUAUUGCAAAGAAAGUCGAAAAAAUAUAUGAACAUAUAUACAUAUAUACCUACGUAUAUGCUAUACAGCACUGAGUAGACAUCCUUUAGGAUACCUGCGCUUGACGCGAAUUUCAACAGACUUUGCGACCUCCCUAUCGAUACCCCCUCCAAUAUAUCACACCGUGGGGACCCCAAAUGCUUGCGGCGUAGUCUUGCCAAUGCGGGGCAAGUGCACAAGAGAUACUCCAUUGUUUCCCUAGUGUCCUGCUCUAGACAUUUCCUGCAAUCUUCUCGAUCUGUCAGCCUCAUCCUGCGGGCGUGUGUCGCUACCAGAUGGUGACCAGUUAGUAUUCCCAUCAAGUAUCUACAGUUUCUUCUAUCGAGUGCUAAUAAGAAUUUUGUGUACUUUCGCUCUACCGUUUUGCACAUGAUUUUUGCAGUUUUGCAUACAAAUCAUUAAAUCGGGUUUUGUUUUUCUUUGCCGUGCUUCUGUCAAGAUCGUCGUAUAGACAGUGCACGGGUUUCAAAAUGUUCCGUUUCGGAUGUUAGCCGUACUCCUUUCUUGGCAAUCUCGUCCACUAUUUUAUUGGCCUGGAUGCCUUUUUGACCAGACAGCCAGUAGAAGUGAAGUCUGGCAACACUUUCUACUGCUGCCCUGCUUCUCAAGGCGGGCCGAUAUGCAAUACGAGGUUACUGUCUUGAUUUCUGCUUAGGUGUUAGUUUAGGAAUGGCCUGCAGGUGAAUCCGCGGAUUUCACAAUAGCAAAGACCUCAGCUUUAAAUAUACUGCAGUUGUCCGGCAUCUUAAAAUAUUGCCUUAUGCUUAACUCUGGAUAGUAUAUUUCCGUGCCAACUCCAUCGUUCAUUUUCGAGCCAUACGUAUAAAUAUUUAGAGUGUUGCGCGUAGCUAACAUACGUCUACGCCAGCCAAUCCCAGUUGAAAAGUGGGAUUAUGUAGUCGGUGUUGGUCCAACCGCCAUUACCCCUAAAAAGUGGAUCAUAAAACCCUUACAGAUCGACAAAGCGCUUUGAAUCUGUUGAAAAUUUAUUGAGACUGUUAAUAUUAGUGUAAUGUUAGUCGGUCAUUAAAUUCUAAUUCAUUGUGAUAUUUUUCCUGACGAGUUCGUAGUUUCGCUGGAGAUAACAUAUACACUUCUACUAGUGGGGAAUUUUUGUGAAAGCUGCGGGACUAAACAAUAGAUUUUCGAAACUUUUAAGCGCAGAUUCAUUGGAAAUAUUUGAGUUUGAAAUAAUAACUAACUGUUAGAAUGACUUCGGAAUAAGUGAGUGGCAUUAAGGCCGAUGUGGUCUCUUUGUUUUGAUAGUCACUGUUUCUGCAAGCAUUAUCCGUCGGGGUGUUGAAAGGCUUGUUUUUCAAGAUUUAGAGUUUGUAUACUCAGUGGGUUAGCAGUGGCAAUUAGUUGGUGUGCAACUGGCAUGCUGAGUGAUGUAUGGUAUUUAUUUUAAUUAAAUUUUUUGUCAUAAUUUAAUAGAUCUACACUAAUUGUACAAAUUAAGAACACAAACAACCAUUAUACAUAUGCAAGCAUAUACAUGUGUUACCUACAUACAUACAUAUAUCAUACACAUUUAAGUAGAACAUAUUUACAUGCAAUUAUAUGAAAAAUGUAAACGAUUACAAAAACAAAAAACAAAAACAAAUCAUGACAAAAUCUCCCAUCAAAAUGUAUCAAUUAACAAAAGAACAGAACAAAAGUGAACAAACCGUUGAAGUGAAUAAUGCAAACACAUGCAAUUAUAUAUAUAAAUAUUUCUGUAUAUUCCAAGUUUUUACAUAAUACAUAUGCAAAAAUGUAGACUAUGUGAAAAUUAAUUAUAGUAAAGUAAUUAAAAAUAAAAAAUAGUGCAAAACUAUAACGGUAUCUAUUAUAGUUAUAUAUAAAUUAUUGUAAUAUGUUUAAUAAAAUGGAUUUUUAAGUAUGUAACUAGAAAGAAAUAUGAAAACAUUAAAUUUAAGACGACUUUAUGUUGGAUGUUCAUAGAGUUUAUAUAAAUAAGUGUAAAUACGAUGUAAUGUAAGGAAAAUAAGCAAAACUUAGGCACCUUCAACUAAGCGAAAUUGAAAGCAACAUAAAAUGUAUUAAUGAGACAUAAAUAAUAUACUAUAUAAAUACAUUUUACACAUACUCACACUUGAAAGCAAUAUUUUGUAUGUAAGGUAAUGUGUAUUACUCCAAUUUUUUUUGUAGCAGACUAUUAUUCAAAAAAUUAACCAAAAUAUUCUGGUAAUGCAUUCAUACCUAGUAGAUGCUUUUUUGCUAUUUUUUUCAGCAACCCAGUUUUAGCAAAGACUACUUUUAGAACAAAUUUUAUAUUUUUUUAAACGGUUGGAUUUUUUAGAUAAACCAACUUCCUCUCGCCACUUCUCUGCGAAGCUAUAUUUUGAACUCUCUUCUGUUGCCAAUAGUUUAUAUUUGAAUAUAUCAACAAAAUUGUUUGUGGAUUACGUUAGAAGAGCUAAUGUCAUCACCUAAAAUGCAAAGAAAAACGUAUCAUCAAAAUAAUCGCAAUUGAGUUUUUUCUUGCUUAUGGUUCACUACAACCUAUAACUUACCUAAAAGCAUAAAAUUUUUAGAUAUAACCAAUAUAUAACCAAUAUAUAACCUAUAUAACCAAAAAUAUAACCAUUAUAUAACCAUUUUAUAACCGAAACUCAUAUUUUGUUUCAAAAUAAGUGUUUUCAAUUAUAUCGUUUUUCCUACGCCUAUUAACUUAUGAAAAGUGAGGUUACGUUUUUUGGCAUUUUAGGCUACGAUUUGUAUUACUAUAAAUAUUUUUUCCAAGCAUUUCGUUACUUAACCCACAAGUUUUUUUUUUAAUUUUCGAAAAAAAAUUGCAUGGAUUCCAUAACCGAUACAUUACAAAUCUCAGAGCUUAAAGUGAUAUGAAAUAUCAUUUAUAAAACAAAAGAGUAAAUCACUUAUUUACUCGCCCAUAACAGUUCCAUCUAGACAUAUGUGGUUUUAUAUACGAUUUCGCCAAAAAAUUACAAAAUUUAAAAUGAAAUAAAAUAUGCUUCCACAGCGAAAAUUAACGACACUUCUGCAAAGGUAUAAUGCAUAUUAAUACAACUACAAAUAUCAGCAGAAAAAAUAUAAAUAUUUAGCAUAUCUACAUAUGUACAUUUAUACUACAUACUACAUACAACAAAUGUCCUUAACAUACCUACGCCCAUCACUCUCAUAUACAUACAUAUGUACAUCAUAUUAAAAAAAAAAUAAGAAAAAAAUACAAAUUAUAGAAAAUCAUAUAAAUAUUGUAAUUAACCAGUUUUAGCCUAAGUAUGUAAUGUAAAUUAAGGAAAUACAGUUUAUCUUAGCAAAUGUGCCGGCAAAGUGUAAUAUUGAGUAAUAAAUGUAUUAAAAUUAUUUUAAAUAAAAACGAAAAAUAAAUUUAAUCAAGCAAAAACAGAGAUUUACUAGCAAAAACUAAUAUUUAGUUAGUAGCAAAUACUUAAAAUAAAAAAAAAUAUUACAAGUAAAAACAUAAAACUAAAAAUAAAAAUAUUAUAAAAAAUAUUCUAAUUAAAAAAGAAAAAACUAGUAAAAACAUGUGUUUUUUGAAGAAAUUAGAACUGGCAAUAUUUUUUCUUUUUUCUGAUUUUUUCGCCUGCUGAACAUGGGUUGGAAGUGUAGGAAGCAUUUUUGUUUGUUUUGUUACUCAAACAUAUGAGUAUUAAUAUCUGUAGCUCAAAAUGGUAAAGAAAUAGGUAAUGAUACCAGUUACCAUAACGGUUAGUUGUAAUGGCUACCGAAAUAAGCGCUACUUAGUGUAAUAUGAUUUAGGCAAAGUAUUUUUAUUUUAUCUGGGAAACGAUUUUCGAUGUUCAGCGUGUUGAAUAUUAUGACUUUUUGUUUUUAUUUAGAAAAUAUUCACCAGACAUUAAGCAUGUUGUUUAUUAUAUCAAAUUUUGCGAAAGAUAUUAUGGGAACCAUAACUAAAUGUAUUUUAUAGCAAUCGAAACAAAUUCAAGAGAUCGUCGCUGCGCAUUGGAUUAACAUAGCCAGCCACACUAUUUUAGAAAGUGUUGUUUUUUUUUCAAAACUCUUCUCCCUUCUUUGUUUAUUAUUCUGCUUAUAUUUCUUCUUGCUUUACUAGGACUUGAUUUGAGGAAAUUCUUUACCAUUUUCUGAGUGUUAUAAACUGUUAGCUUUUAAAAACCGAACAUUCUAAUUAAUCGUGGUUUAACAAAAUAUGUGUGUGUUCUUUUGCUAUGCCACUCGGUAAACUGGAGAAUUAUUAACCUAAAUACUGUCGAAUGGCAUUCAUGAACUGAAUCCUGCUUUUUUAUACUCUAAAACAAAGAAAUAUCUAGUAAAUAUAAUUUUGGAAAAAAAGAAAAGUAGUAAAUACAAUUUCGAAAGAGAAAUAAUUACUAUUUAAGAAAAAAAAAAGUAAUUUCAAUUUUGAAAAAAAGCUAAAAUUGUAUUUGCUUACGAGAUGUCAAAAAAAAACAUUGCGUUAUAUUCGCUUUUAAUCAACACAUUUAGGAAAAUAUUAAAAAUUUAAUAGAUCAUUUACAAAACUAUGAAAAACCGUUUAUUGCUUAUUAAUAUACCAUAAUUAGUUGGAACUAUAUAUUAUAUAUAUUUGACAUUAAAUUUCCAGUUAAAGAUUCAUAACCUGUGUAUAUUCUCUACGAUUUUAUAUUUUCAAUAAAUUACACUAGUUAAAUGAAAACAAAACUUUAAUCAAGUACACAAAAUUAAUGAAAAAAAAAACGAAAAAAUAAUAAAAAUAAAUCAUAAAAAAAUAAACUAUAAGUAUUUGAACUUAAGUGUUGAUGUGUUUGUAAUUUAUUGCGCAAAAACUAUGAAAAACAAAUUACAUUUACUUAAUUUGUUGUAAAUUAAAACCCACAUACAUACAUAAGGGAACAGUUGUAUUGCAAUUUUCGAUUAAAACAAAUAAUACAAAAAAUGUUAUAAAUAUGCACCUUACCAAAGGCAUAAAAAUAAAUAUAAUAAAGAUAAGGUCGGAUUUGCAAUAGAAAAUAUAUAAAAAAUACACCAUUUGAAGUUAUGACUAAAAUUUAAAUCAUGAUUACAUGAUUAAUUACAAUACAUACGCGUAUGUGUAUGUGUGACAUGAACGAAUUAACCGUAAUUUUAUCAAGCUGUAAUUAAUGUACCAUACACUGCAAACAAUAAAUCAUGGCAAGGGUAUCAACAACACAUACAUAUUUGCAUACAAAGUGCUAACUAACAAACACAAACAAAAAAGCAAAUUUUAUUUAAAAAUUAAUCAUAAUUUAAUAAUGGCAUUUAAGUAUUUGGUAACAAGCAAAUACUUAUAAACACAAAUAUGUAAGCAUUCACACAUGAACACAUACUCACCAUAUUAUAACUGAAUUCUUAUAAUUAAAUAUUAUUAUAUAAUCCAUAUUUAAUAUAAUGCAAAUGUUAAAGUGCAACAAUGUUCAAUGAGAAGUUCUGUAACGCGUGGCAGGCUUUCCAAACUAUUAAAAAAUACAAAAACAAAAACAAAAUCAUGGUAUAAAACAUAUAGAAUAUGCCCACAGAUACGAUGGAUUAUAUAAACUCUGUAAUUAUAUGAUAUCGUAAAAAGCAGCUGCAACAAAUGGAGUAAACAUACUAUUAAAAUAUAAUUGUUAAUCAAAAACAAAAAAAAAAUA